AAUAGAAUAAACCCUCCCAGUCUUGAGGAGGGAAGGGGGUGGUGGGGAUUCAAACUAAGGCAGGCUUUACAGUGAGUCAAACACUCUCAAAGACAGUCGACAGACAGUCUCCACAGCACGGAGCUUUGGGCUUACUGUGACUGAGACCUGGAGAUUCUUUCUUAAUCCUAAAAGCAAAAAGACUAAUAACAGAAAGUUAGACUGAGAGAGAAAGUAAGGAAAGAAACUAAACUUUUCCAGGGAGAUGUAAAACUGAUCGUGUCCAACACGUUGAAACUUUAGUUGGGAGAAAAGAGGAGCAAGGACAAGCCUGAGGAUACUACUGAUUAUGUUGCCAUGGAAACCGAAACCUGGAAGCGGACGCAAGGACCACUGAAGGUGGACAACCUCCCUUGACUGCAUCCUCGACACAUAACUGUCCCGCUGCGCCCUGUGGUGAGAGAAUGCUGUGGAGAAUAACUAUCCCAGUCAUACUGGCUGGGGUGCUCUGCAUCACCGCAGAGACCAAAAAGCACCGGCCCCAGGGAUCCAUCCCGUCCCCGUACAAGACCAAAGGGAACCUGUCCUCAGAACGUCACCACCGGCUAUUGCAGCAGAAACCAGAGGUGCUAUCCUCCAGCCGCGAGGCCUUGGUAGUGACAGAGCGCCGCUACCUCCGCAGAGACUGGUGCAAGACCCAACCUCUCCGUCAGACAGUCAGUGAAGAGGGCUGCCGCAGCCGCACUGUGGUCAACCGUUUUUGCUACGGUCAAUGCAACUCCUUCUACAUCCCCCGCCAUAUGGGCCCCAGCUCGGGUCAGGCCCAGAAUCGAGGCCAAGCCUCAGGCUCUGGAAGGAAAGGUCACAACAAGGCCCAGGAGCCGUUCCAGUCCUGCUCCUUCUGCAGGCCACACCGCAUCACACAGCUCACAGUGGAGCUAGACUGCCCAGACCUGCAGCCCCCUUUCAGACACCGUAAGGUGCCGAGGGUCAAACAGUGUCGCUGCAUGUCUGUGGAUGUGAGCGGCCACGGGAAACUGUGAAGAGGGACUUGAAAGGUCAUCAUAUGAAUAUUGUAAAAGACAGAAAUUUACAAACUUUGCCAAAGAAGGACUGGCUUCAAGUUGAACUAUUCUGCAUCGUGUUGUACAAAUAAUGGAACUGGUAGCAGCCGGUCUAGCAGCCAUGUUGGCAAGCUGAUGCUGUUGAAAGAAACGGAUUGAAGAGGCUGUGCAAAAGAUGCAGAUAUUGAAGCAGCCAAAUUUCAACAUUACACAAGUUUGUCCUCCCUGUUAUUUCAGAAAGUUUAUAUCUACCUGGCUAUUUGUACAUUUGUCACUAGACUCAAACAAGAGUUUAAAACUACACAACAUUAUAGAUACUGAUAAUUGAGUGUCUUAAAGUAAUUAAAGUAACUGUAGUAAUAGUGUGACCCCUUUAAUUUUUUUCCGUAAUGUGUUUUCCUGCAGGUGGAUCUACAGUAAUUACAAAGUUAGCCAGCAAUGCUUUUUUUCCUGUACGAGAUGUGACUGUGUUUUACAAGUAUUGUAUCUGUUGUCCUGUAUCUUUUCCUUAACUUCUACAAUGUCCCAAAUGAUACACAAGUUGAUGUCAAGGAAAAUAUUCCAAGACACAUGAAGCAACACAGCAAUGAGCCUGGCUGUAUAUUGUACAUGUGCCACAACUCUACUAGCCAGUAGGAAAAACAUACUGCAGCAUGUGUAAUGGAGGUGCAAUGCAAUAUAUACAGUAUAUAUAAAUAUUUUAUGUAUGUGUGCAAGUACCUGUAUGUCUGUGAAAAGUAUAUUAAAUCUAUUUCAUAUAAAACAA